CAUCUGCGUUUUUCAUUGAAAUCUCAAGGAAAUGAGCAACCUCAGCAGCAGCACCGUAAGCAACAGGAGCAAUGCAGUGGGAUUCCGAUUCCACCCGAGUGAUGAAGAACUCAUCAGUUUCUACCUGACAAACAUGGUGCUCGGCCGUGAUUCGGUGGUCCAAGACAUCACCAACGUCGGUGACAUCUGCGAGUAUGAACCCUGGGAGUUACCCAGAUUGUCGGCUCUGGAGUCAGACGAUGAAGUGUGGUACUUCUUUUGUAAACCAAACCACAAAUACAAAAACAGCACACGUUCCAACAGGACCACUAACAAGGGAUACUGGAAAGCAACGGGGAAACAACGCAAGAUAAAGGCUGAAAAUAGCACCAGAGACGUAAUAGGUAAGAAGAAGACUUUGGUCUUCUAUCUAGGAUCUAUUCGUAAUGGUGACGGGAAACGAACCUCCUGGGUCAUGCAUGAGUACGAGCUCACUUCCAAUAUUCCUAACCAAACGUCGUUUGUUCUCUGUAAAUUGAAGAAAAAGGAUGAUGCACCGGGUGAUGAAUACCUGCCAAGUUACCACCCAACUCCUGUUGCAGUGGAAGAUGAAAAUGAAAUUCCAAGGGGCACGUUUGACAUAUAUGAGGCUGGAGCCGAGCAGAAUGUACGUACAGCCGACGAGGAUGUGUACGGGUAUAUGAACUCGCUCCCUCCACUGCAGCCACAGAUGUAUUACCAGGAGCAGCAGGCUUCCUCUUCAUGGAAUUACCCGUAUGGCUUGAGCAGCGGCUAUGAUGCAACUCAAAAUCAUUACCCUCCUAGCAUCAAUGGAUGGGAGGAUGAGUUUUGCAGUUCUUUUUUUGCGGGUUACCCUGAAGCAUACCCUGGAGAAGGAAGCAAUCACCAUAAUUGAUUCAUCCUUGACCUGCAUUAUGGUAAUGUAUGAACAAUUACAUUAUAAGUAUUCUUAAGGGAAGACUGGAUCAGUCAGUAACAAUGUAUGUAUUGAAGUCAAGCAUAUAUAUAUUUUGCAUGUUUAUAUAUGGGUAAUGAUGUAUGGAUUGAAGUUUUUAAAUUUGAGUAUUGUAGUGUGUAGAUUAUUGUUGUUUAAUAUUCUAAUUUUAUUUUAGUUUGUUAAUUAUAUGUAAUAUAGUUUGAAUUGUAUU